AUGGAUUUUAGUGUCCCUCAUCGGCUCAAGGAUCACAUGACCACACAUUCAAGUGAUAAACCAUUUAAAUGUGAUUUCAAUGGAUGUCGAUAUGAAAGCGGACUCAAAGCCGGUUUACGUAUUCACAUGCAGUCACACAACACAAACAGAAAAUAUGUGUGCGAUUUCAUUGGUUGUGAGAAGACAUUCACGAGUUAUAGUAGUCUAUACGAUCACCGGCGCAGACAUCAAAGUGGACCGACAUUUAAGUGUCCGACCAAAGGAUGUGUUGAGUUGUUUUUCACGAGACGUCAACUCCGUAACCACGAGGUCUCAGUCCAUAACCGUAAGCCAUUUGUUCAACGCAUACAUCGAUGCGAUUGGCCGGGAUGUGAGUGGACGGGCAUUAAUAUAUAUAACCACAAACUGCAACACACGGGUGAGAAGAAGUUUGCGUGUUUAUGGCCAGAGUGUGGCAAACGGUUCGCUCGUAUCGACAAUUUUAAAGACCACAUGAAUAUUCAUAACAACGUUAAGCCCUAUGUGUGUCAUUGGCCCGGAUGUACACACAGUUACGCACAAUUAGGUAAUCUUACGUCACAUAUCAAACGCUUUCACACCAAAUGA